UAUUCAGCUCUAACAGUCAAGAAGAAGAGUUAAAGUUCCAGUUAGUGAGUCUGGUUGGUACAGCUAACUAACGACUCCUUCACCACCGCACCGUACUCCACCGCUCUUCGUCCACCACAGAUGGGUUUCUGUCCGUGUUUUGGCGACGAAAUAUCCGAACAAGCACCACUAGCGGAUCGUGACCCGGUUCUACUCGUUUCGGGCAUGGGUGGCUCCAUUCUCCACUCAAAGCCCAAGAAAUUCGGAUUAACCACUCGUGUUUGGGUCCGAAUCUUCCUCGCUGACUUAGAAUUCCGAAAGAAGAUUUGGUCCCUUUACAAUCCCAAAACAGGUUAUACUGAAACGUUAGACAAGAAAUCUGAUAUUGUUGUUCCGGAUGAUGAUCACGGUCUCUAUGCAAUUGAUAUUUUAGAUCCAUCAUGGUUUGUAAAAUGUGUGCAUUUGACAGAGGUGUAUCAUUUUCAUGACAUGAUUGACAUGCUUGUUGGAUGUGGGUAUGUUAAAGGAACCACAUUGUUUGGAUACGGAUAUGAUUUCAGACAAAGCAAUAGGAUGGACAAGUUAAUGGAUGGCCUUAAACUCAAGUUGGAAACUGCUUACAAAGCCUCUGGUGGAAGAAAAGUCAAUAUAAUUUCACACUCCAUGGGAGGGGUUAUGAUCUUGUGUUUCAUGUCACUUUGCAGAGAUGCAUUUUCAAAAUAUGUGAAUAAGUGGAUUGCCUUGGCAUGCCCUUUCCAAGGAGCCCCGGGGUGCAUCAAUGAUUCUCUAUUAACUGGAUUAGAAUUUGUUGAGGGCUUAGAAAGCUAUUUUUUUGUAUCAAGGUGGACUUUUCAUCAAUUGCUAGUUGAGUGUCCAUCAAUCUACGAGAUGUUGGCCAAUCCGGAUUAUAAAUGGAAAAAGAACCCAGAAAUUAAAGUAUGGCGAAAGCAUAAAAAGGAUGGGAAUGAAAACAUCAGUUUGGAAUCUUAUGGACCAACCCAAAGUAUCUCUGUAUUUGAAGAAGCACUGAGGCACAAUGAGCUAAAGUAUAAUGGGAAAUCAAUACCACUGCCCUUUAAUACAACUAUCUUUAAAUGGGCUACUGGAACUCGUCAAGUUAUAAGUAAUGCUAAACUACCAAACGGAGUCUGUUUCUAUAACAUUUAUGGAACAUCAUUUGAAACACCUUUUGAUGUUUGCUAUGGUUCGGAAAAAUCUCCAGUUGAGGACUUAUCUGAAAUAUGCGAGACAUUGCCACAAUAUUCUUAUGUUGAUGGUGAUGGAUCAGUUCCUGUUGAAUCUGCCAAGGCCGAUGGACUCGAAGCCGUUGAAAGAGUAGGAGUUUGUGCUGAUCACCGUGGAUUAUUACGAGACCAAACUGUAUUUAAACUUAUUCAGAAAUGGUUGGGUGUUGAGCCAGUGGUCAGCAAGCAAUUUGAAACAUCAAAAGUAGCAGAUGCGAAUACAAUCAACCCUAUGGUUCUCUAAAUUUGUUUCUUUCGGAAAACCGGGGGAUCAUAUCCACGUGCUUAAAGGAAAGUAUUUUCCCAUGCUAUUCUUUUUUAGAAAACAUACGAAUAACCUGGAAACACCUUAGCUACCAUUAUUUGAUAUUUAUGCAGAAAAUGGAUUAGUGGAAGUCCAGGUAGUCUAAAACUACUGGAUAUGGUAUAAAUUAUUUCUGCAUCAUGUAUAGUACAGUAGAAUUCAUUAUUGGAUAGUGUACUAUAUUCGGUAUAUUUGGCUGCUGUGUGACUAAUUUCUUAGUCCUCAACAUGUACUCAUAAAUGUAUUAUUAUUUAAGCAUUUUUAUCA